UCCUCUCUAACUUGUCUGUCAUGGCCUUUGCACAACUAGCAAGCCGUCUUAUAGUUCCCCUUGGCGUGACGUUUGCCGUCGUGCAAUCCAGUAUAUACGAUGUGCCCGGUGGAUAUCGGGCAGUGAUGUUCGACCGGUUUUCAGGCGUGAAGGACAAGGCUACUGGUGAAGGCACACAUUUCCUUGUUCCGUGGUUGCAGAAAGCGAUCUUGUAUGACUGCCGCAUAAAACCUAGAAAUAUAUCAACAACCACUGGGUCGAAAGAUCUUCAGAUGGUUUCCAUUACGCUCCGCGUCUUGUCACGACCGGACACAGACCAUCUGUCAAAAAUUUAUCAAAGUCUUGGAAUGGAUUAUGACGAAAGAGUGCUUCCUUCAAUCGGAAAUGAAGUCUUAAAAGCUAUCGUGGCGCAGUUUGAUGCUGCUGAGCUCAUCACGCAGCGUGAGGUGGUUUCAUCAAGAAUAAGGGCGGACUUGCUACAGCGUGCGGGAGAGUUCAAUCUGAAACUUGAAGAUGUUUCUAUCACUCAUUUGACGUUCGGAAAAGAAUUCACUCAGGCGGUAGAGGCUAAGCAGAUUGCACAGCAAGAUGCUGAACGUGCCAAGUUCAUUGUCGAAAAAGCCGAGCAAGAGCGUCAAGCAGCCGUCAUCCGCGCUGAGGGAGAGGCUGAAGCAGCUUUUACGAUAUCGAAAGCACUUGAUAAGGCAGGGGAGGCAUUCGUCGCGCUGCGAAAGAUCGAGGCUAGCAAGGCUAUCGUUCAAUCGCUCUCUCAGAACAGCAACAUCUCCUACGUUCCAAGUAGUGGGGGUAAUGUUCUUUUGAAUGUACCUACGAAAGCAUAAGGUGGGGUUCAUCUACUCGCCGUUGCAAGCGUGUACGCUGGUGCCUCCAUUAUACAUUAGCAGGAUGGAGGGGCUGUCUUAUACAUUGUGAUCAAAUAGCAUCAAUUCACAUAUACUGAUGAUCUGCACAAAAA